UCACUUAGUCAAGGGAGCACCAAUGCUGCUGUCCUGGAUGUGGCACAAACAGGUGGUCACAAAAAACGAGUACGUCGAAGCUCCUUUCUGAAUGCCAAGAAACUGUAUGAAGAUGCACAGAUGGCUCGCAAAGUGAAGCAAUACCUGUCCGACCUGGAUCUUGAAAUGGAUGAAGAAAAUCUUCAGACAUUAUCUCUCCAAUGUGAGCCUUCAACAAAUACAUUGCCAAAAACGCCUUGUGACAAGAGAUCAGGGAAACCAGACACAUCACCAGUAGCACCGAGAGCAGCAACUCAGCAGAAACAGCAACAGCCAAUAAAGGUGAACCAAGCAUUGCAGGUGCCAGCUGUGGCUCUCUAUCCUUCCAGAAAGAAGGUGCCAGUCAAGGAUCUUCCUCCUUUUGAAGAAGGAAGUUUGGAACGGCACAAGAAGACAGCAGAGGACACUAUAUCCAAUGCAUCGUCACAACUUUCAUCUCCUCCCACCUCCCCACAGAGCUCUCCAAGAAAAGGAUAUUCUAUGCCAGCAAGCGGCACUGUGGAUAAUUUCUCUGACUCUGGGCACAGUGAAAUCUCUUCUCGUUCAAGUAUAGUCAGUAAUUCUUCAUUUGAUGGCAUGCACCUCCAUGACGAUAGGCGGGCAGCGACAUUCAGUGAGCAUUGUGGAGACUAAUCUUGGUGUUGGGAGGACAGACAGAAGAACUGUAAUAGAAGCUGAACCUUGCUGCAUGGGGCACUAUGCACAUUUGGUGGAGAAUAGAGGCUUGUACGCGAGUGGAACGGUUUUGUCCUCUCCCAGCAUGGAGGAAUUGUCCCAGGAUCAGGGUGAUAGAGCUUCACUGGAUGCUGCAGACAGCGGACGAGGUAGCUGGACCUCUUGUUCAAGUGGCUCCCAUGACAACAUACAAACUAUACCACAUCAGAGGAGUUGGGAGACUCUGCCAUUUGGCCAUGUUCAUUUUGACAGCACAUCAGAUGGGGCAGGUUACUGGCCGCCGGGAAGUCAUAUAGACCAUUUAAUAUUUUCUGAUCAUAGCACAAAGCAUGGCAGACACAAUCAAGGAAGAGAAGCUUUAGAACAAGCACAGUCCAGAGCAAGCUGGGCAUCUUCCACUGGCUACUGGGGUGAGGACUCUGAGGGGGACACUGGCACCAUUAAGAGACGAGGGGGAAAAGACGUUGCUCUUGAAGCAGAAACAAGCAGCAUAUCCUCACAAACUGCAGAAGAGACAAGGCCUCUACCUGUGCCCACACACAUAGCUGUGACAACAGCUUCCUCAAAGGGUCUUAUUGCAAGGAAAGAAGGCCGAUAUCGAGAACCACCACCAACACCACCUGGAUAUGUAGGAAUUCCUAUAGCAGACUUUGCAGAAGGACACCCACAAUUAUCCAGAAAGCCACCAGAUUACAACGUAGCACUGCAGCGUUCCAGGAUGAUGGCCCGGAGGAGUGACAGUGAAGGAGCACCUGCAACAUCUCCACCAUCACACAGUCAGCCUUCUAACAAGACCGUUAACAAGCCACAGUGGCAUAAACCAAACGAGGCGGACCCACGACUAGCUAUAUAUCAGGCACAAGGGGUUACAAAAGAUGAUGAUGAUGAGCAAGUAUCUGCGGUGUGA